CGGCGGGCCGGAGGCAUGCGGGCGGCCUGGGGCUCCGUUUGGUGCCUGUGCCUGGCGGCGGCCGUCGGCGGGAUGCCGGCGGGGCGGCGGGGCAGCGGCGCGGCGGCGGAGAGGAGCGGCGGGCAGCCGGCAGAAUACUUGAGGAGUGAGACCGCCUUUCUGGAAGAGUUGGUGUUUGGAAGUGGAGAUACCAUUGAACUUUCCUGUAACACCCAAGGCUCUUCUGUGUCUGUUUUCUGGUUUAAAGACGGUAUUGGGAUUGCACCUACCAACAGAACUCAUAUUGGACAAAAACUGUUGAAGAUAAUCAAUGUAUCCUAUGAUGACUCAGGGCUGUACAGUUGCAAGCCAAGGCAUUCCAAUGAAGUCCUGGGAAAUUUUACAGUCAGAGUUACAGAUUCCCCUUCAUCGGGUGACGAUGAAGAUGAUGAUGAUGAGUCAGAAGAUACAGGUGUCCCCUUCUGGACCCGGCCAGAUAAGAUGGAGAAGAAGCUGCUGGCAGUUCCCGCCGCCAACACCGUUCGCUUCCGCUGCCCGGCGGGUGGGAACCCAACUCCUUCCAUCUACUGGCUGAAAAAUGGCAAGGAGUUCAAGGGAGAGCAUAGGAUUGGGGGCAUCAAGUUGCGACACCAGCAGUGGAGUUUGGUGAUGGAGAGUGUUGUGCCAUCAGAUCGAGGCAAUUACACCUGUGUAGUGGAGAACAAAUAUGGCAAUAUUAGGCACACAUACCAGCUGGAUGUAUUAGAAAGAUCACCCCACCGACCAAUCCUACAAGCAGGGCUCCCUGCCAACCAGACCGUGGUGGUAGGGAGCAAUGUGGAGUUUCACUGCAAGGUCUACAGUGAUGCCCAGCCUCACAUCCAGUGGCUGAAACAUGUGGAGGUCAAUGGCAGCAAAUAUGGACCUGAUGGGACACCCUAUGUCACAGUGCUGAAGACGGCAGGUGUUAACACAACGGAUAAGGAGCUAGAGAUUCUGUACUUGCGAAAUGUUACUUUUGAGGAUGCUGGGGAAUAUACUUGUCUCGCAGGGAAUUCUAUUGGGUUCUCACAUCAUUCUGCUUGGCUGACGGUGCUACCAGCAGAGGAGCUCAUGGAAAUGGAUGAUUCGGGCUCAGUGUACACUGGACUUCUCAGUUAUGGAACUGGCUUUUUUCUCUUCAUCCUCGUACUGGUUGUUGUGAUUAUCUGCAGGAUGAAAAUGCCAAACAAAAAAGCCAUGAACACCCCCACUGUACAGAAAGUCUCCAAAUUUCCACUCAAGAGACAGGUGUCAUUGGAGUCCAACUCUUCCAUGAAUUCCAACACACCCCUGGUCCGGAUCACACGUCUCUCCUCCAGUGAUGGGCCAAUGCUGGCCAAUGUCUCUGAGCUGGAACUGCCUCCUGAUCCCAAGUGGGAAUUGGCACGCACUCGCCUGACCUUGGGGAAGCCGCUCGGUGAGGGCUGUUUUGGCCAAGUGGUGAUGGCGGAAGCCAUUGGGAUUGAUAAGGACAAGCCAAACAAGGCCAUCACGGUUGCUGUCAAGAUGUUAAAAGAUGAUGCCACAGACAAGGACCUUUCUGACCUGGUCUCUGAGAUGGAAAUGAUGAAAAUGAUCGGGAAGCACAAAAAUAUUAUUAACCUCCUUGGUGCCUGCACUCAGGAUGGACCUCUCUACGUGUUGGUGGAAUACGCUUCAAAGGGGAAUUUGCGGGAAUACCUCAGGGCACGUCGCCCACCUGGCAUGGACUAUUCCUUUGACACCUGCAAGCUGCCUGAGGAGCAGCUGACAUUUAAAGACUUGGUUUCCUGCACCUACCAAGUGGCCCGUGGCAUGGAGUACUUGGCAUCUCAGAAAUGCAUUCAUCGGGACUUGGCAGCCAGGAACGUGUUAGUCACUGAAGACAAUGUGAUGAAAAUAGCUGAUUUUGGCCUCGCUAGAGACGUUCACAACAUCGACUAUUACAAGAAAACCACCAAUGGUCGGCUGCCUGUGAAAUGGAUGGCUCCAGAAGCCUUGUUUGAACGGGUCUAUACUCACCAGAGUGAUGUCUGGUCUUUUGGAGUGCUACUAUGGGAGAUCUUCACUUUGGGAGGGUCCCCAUACCCGGGAAUUCCUGUUGAGGAGCUCUUCAAACUCUUGAAGGAAGGCCAUCGGAUGGACAAACCCGCAAACUGCACCCAUGAUUUGUACAUGAUCAUGCGGGAGUGCUGGCACGCCGUCCCAUCACAGCGUCCCACCUUCAAGCAGCUGGUGGAAGACCUGGACAGGGUCCUCACUGUGACAUCCACCGAUGAGUACCUGGACCUCUCGGUGCCCUUCGAGCAGUACUCACCAGCUGGCCAGGACACCCACAGCACCUGCUCCUCGGGGGAUGACUCUGUCUUUGCACAUGACCUGCUGCCCGAUGAGCCUUGCCUGCCCAAGCACCCCCCCUGCAAUGGCAUCAUCCGGACGUGAGGACACCCUGGAUGGAUGGAUGGAUGGAUGGACGGACGGACGGACAGACAGAUGGACAGGCGGGCAGCACACUGCCCACGGAGGUGCGAGGGUGGGGCACCAGGGAUGAAACCAGAGUGAAGGAUCUUCCAAUGGAACUGCGUGGUGGUGCCUGGAGAGAUGUCUUGUUGUCAAGCUGUUCAGGGUGAAAAAAGAAAAUUUAACUUUUUUUUUUUUUACUUUUUUUUUUUCUUUUCCCAUUUGCUGUAUAAAAAGUCAAGAAGCACUGUUUGUCCUGAAGGAACUAAUUUCUUGCCAAGAUGAUCUAUCAUAUAUGAUUAUUUUAUUUUGGGGUUUUUGGUUUGGUUGGUUUUUUUUCAUUUUUUUGAGGAUUUUUUAACUCAGCAGAAUUUUGAAACUGGAGGUGCUGACCCCUCCAGCCUUCGUGCUUGCGUUUCGAGUGCCAGAGUAGCCGUUCUGUGCCUGCAAUACGAAGAAGAGGAAAAAAAAAUCUUCCUUUUUUUAAAAAGAAAAAAAAACAACACAGAACAAAAGAAAAAAGUGUAAAGAAUGUAGAAAUUCUUUGCUUAUGCAAUCUGUACAUGAACCUUUUUGGUGGAGCUGAAAAGCCACGUUGCCUGCAGGGAUUCAUAUAUUUAUAAAGAUAUCUAUAUUUUUGUUGUCGUCGUUUUUAUAGCAUCAUGAUCGUAUUACCCAGCUGCAUAGAAGGUAUCCUUUUUUGGAAGAAGAUUUAAAAAAAAAAAAAAUUUAAAAAAUUAAAAUGCAACCCAUCACGGAGAAAGGAAAUAAUAAUAAUAAUUAAAAAAAAAAAAAAGAUAUCUGAAAAGAGACAUUCAAGUCAUCUGAAAUGGCAGUGCUUUGGCCUGGCUCAGCAGCUGCUGGUCCCUGCACGGGGCAGGGGGUGUUGGGGCUGAGCCAAGGGGGGGAGCAGCCCCCAGUGGUGGCCAUGGGGGUCCCCAGGCAGGAGAACAUCACCCAUCCGAGAGGAGACCUGCCCACAUGGCAUCUCAAGCCACAGCCUGACCUUGGGGAACAGCUGUUUGUUUUUUGGGAGGAAGGGGGGAAAAGGAGGGGGUCAUGUUGUUGCUUUUGGGGGGUUUGCAGAGUUCUGCUUGCCAAGGGGCAGGGGGAGGGCAGCAGCCCCUCCACCCACCCCUCCACGCCAGCGGUUUGGCUCCAUCUACGUGCAGUGACUCGGAGAAAGAAGUUACGGGUACCUGUAGGCAAGAGCCUUUAACUUAUAUCAAAAAGGUUUAUUCCAGAGAAUCUGUGUAUAUAUCUAUAAAUAUAUCCUGUAUAUAUAUAUAAAUAAAUAUAGAAAACCAGAAAAAAAAAAGAAAAAAAAAGAAUGUAUAGUACUAAUGCAACGUAAAGCAGUACUGAGAGAGUCUCAAAAUAUGAGCAUUGCAAUCUAGGAUAUACUGAUCUGGGCAAAAGAAAAGAUUGUUUGUUUGUUUGUUUGUUUGUUUUAUAUCUUCACAGUUUUGUUUUAAAAAUUGUACCUUAACAUGUAUAUUUGUAAAGCUAUUUAUAGACAUUAACAUAUCUGUUCAUUGGUUUAAAUAGCGUAGAGUUACUGUAAACUUUAAAUUUCACCGAGUUUAAGGGUGGGUUUUUUAACUUAUUAAAAUGGAGAAAAAAUAUAUUAAUCAAGUUUUUCUUUUGUGUUUAUGGGAAAUAUUGAAAGAAUGUAUAGGUGUACAGUCCUUUAACAAAUUACAUUUAAUGUUAUAAAUAUAUAUAUAUAUAUAUAUGUAUUCAUUUUAAAAAAAUAUUAGUUUAUCCUGGAUUGCAGUGAGCAAAAGCAAGUUUAUUUUUCAAUACAUCAGCAGUGGUUAAAACCAAACAACUAUCAACAGAGAGAUGAUUUUUACAUGUUUCAGAAAAACAGGGCCAAGAAUUCUUCCAUCAGUUUAACCACUCUGCAUUAAGGGGGUGUGGGUGUUUAUUUUUCUAUUUUCAAAUGAAGGUAUUCUUUGUGGUCGAUUUAAUAACGAGUAUGCAGCAAAGUGAAGUGUUGACUUUGGAUGAUGCGGGGCAAUUUUUUUUUUUCCUUUUUGCCCAUACUGUUGUAUUUUGGGCUUCAGAAAUGCCAUGUGAGCAGAGCAGCAAAGAGUGACACUGUUUGCAGGAGAGGUGCAGCGACUGCGUGUUUUCAUUUACAUUUAACUCACUGGAAAAUGCCAGUGAUACCUGAUUUUCUGUGUUCAAAAUGCUGUGCUGGUUUUUUUCCUCAGAGUCCUGUAGCAGUUCAAAAGCACAGGAAUGAACAAGGGAAUUCUAGUGUGGAUCAAGCUGACAAGGGGGAGAGGGAUUUGGGCUUGGAUUUUUUUUUCUGGGUUGUUUCUUUUUGUUUUGGGGGGGUUUUUUGGUUUGGUUGGUUGGUUGUUUUUUUGUCCAGAAGACUUUAUCUACUACCACGAAGAGGCAAGGUACAUUGCAUCCUGAAUUCUUUCCUUUCCAUUUUUCUCUGGUGCAUAUUACAUAUCAUUAUUUCAGAAUAACAGGAUGACAGCAUCUCAUUUUAAGAUUUUUUUUUUUCUUCUUAGAGCCACAAAAUUCUUAUCCUAAAAUAAAUAAUUUAUAGUCUGAGGUUAUUUCAAUGGAAGUUUGAGAAGGUAGAUUUCUAUAGAUUUUUGUUUUGUUUUGUUGGAAUAAAAAAAAAAAGAAAUUUUUGGUAUUUUCUUACAAAUGUCUGCUAAUUGUGUACAUUCCAAGUACUCGAAGCGUUGAGUUUUCCUGUACUGAAAAAAGAAAAUGUACAAAACUGUGCAUGAUUUCAAAUGUUACUAGAUAUUAUAAAUAUAUAUAUAAUUUAUUGAGUUUUUACAAGAUGUAUCUGUUGUAGACUUGUUGACUUUAACAUUUCUUAUUCAAUGCUUAUAUAGUUUUAUAGCCUGGACUAUUAUCUUUAAAAGCUUAAAAAAAUUAAAUUUUCCAAUUUUGUUACAUUUUAUACUGUUGAUGUUACAAUCCACAGGUUUGCAUAGUGUGAUUUUUUCAAUGAGCAACUCUGUUCAGUUUAUUUUAAUACUGUAUUUCUGUGCCUGACAGCUGCAGCUGUCAAAGGUGUGAGAUGAACACUAAAUAAAACUAUUCUGCUUUUGUUAA